CAGGCGCACUCUGCGUCAGUUAAUGCAGCGUUUCCACCGACGUUGUUGCUUCCGACAGCGGGAUAGACGAAGUACUUUCUAGCCUUUUUCUUUCGGCACUUUAAACCCACAGACUUUGCUUUUUCCACUGUCAGACUAUUCAGCAACAUAGUUGUGGACUUUAUUCGUAUACCUACUACUUUUAACAAUGCCUCGGGGCGGCAAAAGAAGCCACAAGGGCAGAGGGAAGCAGUUCAGUAACCCAGAGGAGAUCGACCGACAGAUGAAAGCGCAGAAAGAGUUGGAAGAAAACCCUGGCGCAGCAGAGAAGGGAAGCGACGCAGACUCCGAUGAAGAGAGCAGCAGUGAUGAAGAAAAUGACUCCAGAAAAAGGAGUGGGGUGGAGGGGCUCAUAGAGAUUGAGAACCCAAACCGUGUGUCUCAGAAGAGCAAGAAGGUGGCAGAGUUAGACGUCAACGCUCCCAGAGAGCUGUCUCGCAGGGAGAGAGAGGAGAUCGAGAAGCAGAAGUCAAAGGAGCGCUACAUGAAGCUCCAUCUGGAGGGGAAGACGGAUCAGGCCCGGGCCGACCUCGCCAGACUGGCCAUCAUCAAGAAACAGAGGGAGGACGCAGCCAAGAAGAGAGACGACCAGAAGAAAGAGAGUGAAGACUCCAAAACCAAGCGCUAGUCGUCCACCUGAAAUCUUCAACACGCACUUCAGUCUCAGAGGGUCGGAGGAGAGAGGAGGAGAUCUGGAGGAGGAGAGCAGGGGGGGGGGGGGGGGAAACCAGAACGAGAGGCAUCGGAUCAGGGGGAGCUCCUUGAACUCCUGUCCCUCAUUUCAAAUCCGAGGGGCGAGGGUCUUCCAUAACAGCGAGGUCAGAACGGGUGCAUUAAAACGAGAUGGAGAGGAAAUGCAACAUUUGGGAUGCCUCCAGGGGACACUCGCAGGUUUUCCAAGUGCUUCACCGCCUCUUUACUCUUUCAGGGUUUUAAUUCUGAAGCUGCUGAAGUUAUUUUCUUUUUCGAUUCAUACACUUUAUUUUUUUUCUACAUGGUUACCUAAUACAAGUUUACUCGAUGACUGAACAGGUAUUACAGUGAGCGUGCUUGGGGAUAACUUCUUGGUGCUUUGCCUUUCCUUCCAUCGCGCCUGUUUUUGAGUCGGCAGGUGGAGAGAAAGAACACUAUUCAGAGGAUAAACUGAUGUAUAGGAAUUAUACAAUGUAGGUUAGUGUUUGUGGAUAUAUUGCGCAAGACAUUGGUAUAAUUUUCUAAAUAGUUAUGUCCCCCCCCCCCCCCCUACCAUCCAAACAUAAAUAUUCUGCUUUUCAAUUCUGUCCCGUUGUUUGAUCCUUCAAAAACGGAAUAGUUCGCUGUCGUCCUACCACAGGAAGUCCAGAAAGUGGGACUUAUUUUACGUGUUAUUUUCCCCAAUUUGUACACUCGAUUCAUCUUAUUUCUGUCAGUUCAGAAGUGUUUCAGAAUGUUUUCUGUAAUCCUUUUUGCUCAAAGCACCUGGAAUAUUACUUGAAUUGCCUAUAAUAAGCAUUUUUAAGUUGUCAAACAUCACGUCUGGAGAGCAUGUUCUCACUCUGCCUCAGUUGCUGUGGCCUUGCCCUGUUUCUGAAGGGUCCUCUGUGGUUCUAUAGGAGGGAUUGUGUCUUUUGUUGCCUUUUUUUAACAAAGUUUACACAACACCAGUUCACUGUCUGUCUCCUGAAGUUAGUCCUACAAAGAACCCACACUGAGUUUCUCAGGUACAUCACUCUCUACUCCAAACAGUCUCUAUCACACAAUUUAAACAGUACACACUUCCCAAAGACGACUUACUGCAGGGUCUUUUUAUCCUUUAGUGCACGUGAUAGACCGGUGACUCAGUGGGGGGGGGGGGGGGGAUUUGGAAAUGCCUUGAUCAGGAAAACAGUGCUCCCUAUAACCUGGACAUAUAACACACCUGUAGAAACCACAAAGUGAGAGAAGAAGCCACAUCGUCUAAAUUGGAUUCCUCGAGUUCUCCAUGUAUCCGAAGUCAUUUUUAAAAAAUAAAUUCAUUAAUAGAUAAA